ACUUCAGCCGCCGUCGAGCUCCGCCGUGCUCGAUCACCUCCCGUUCGGGCCGAUCGCCGGAGAUAGCUGCGAAGAAAAAUGAGCGGCGAGGACGAUGCGUGACGAAUCGUCCACGGUCCUGGCAGGCCGCCGGUUUCGCCUGAUCAGCAACUCGCAGGGUUUCUUGUUCAUAGAUGACUGAACGAAUCCUGAGCGAAAUCUCUGAACUUGACUUUUGCUGAUGUGUUUUGCGCUCCGGAAUUGGCGUUCUGUUGCCUUCUUUUGCAAGCAGUGAACGUGGUCGCCACUCAGAUUGAGCAACCGAAGCUCACGAACGCUAUCAUGAGGUCAGUCUCGGUGCUUUACGUAAAUUUGGAAUUUGAUUGUUUGGUUAUCGGUUAGGCGUUUGAGUCAAAUUGCGCCAUUGGAGGACCUCCAUCACGUGAAACGGGUGAAGAAGAAGUGUCUGGAAGGAGGUGCAUUCUGGGUUCACGAGCAUAGUGGUGUCUCUUUUCGUUACUGGUGUGAUUGGUCACUUAAUGAUAAUCAUAUCUGAACAUCAUCGUUUCUCGCGUCUUUGGAAUUGUGUAGUUGCUUAACUAGGUCUUUCUAUUGCCUUUUGUUCCUGGGUUACCCUUUAAAAGAUCAAUGAAGGUCAUCGAAAUAUUGUUUUCCUCAUGCGAAGGUCGUUUAACAGGAAAGAAAUGUCUGUUGUUUAUACUCGCGCAUGUCGUUCUUGAUCAGACAUCAGUCUUGUGUACUUACUGCUCUUUAAGUAAUAGGAAAGAGGGAACAGAAUCUCUGACCCCAUACAUGUCAAUUGUUCUCAGAUCGAAGAAAUUAUACCUGAACUUUUAAGCCCCAAAGCUAUUUGAAAGCUUUUUCUGCAUUGGAAGCACCGUAAGUCAUUAAAUUGAGUAUAGCAGGUCAAUCAGCCUGAGAUUUUUAAAGUCAUAUUCACAUAAUUGGUGUAAUUCCUCUACAAGACACUUCCUCCUAAGCCACACUCUAGAGUGAGUGAUGAAGCUGCGGUUUUCAAUGGAUGGUUUGCUUUUGUUGUGGGGUGAAUGAGGGGUGCUCCUUGCCUCCUCCAGUUUGCAUGCAUAUCCUAAAUUUUCUCCUCCUAUUGCUGGAAUGAAAAACAAAAUGCCUGAUUCAAGAGGAAUGUUUUCUGCCGAAAUUCAAAUGCUACCAUUGGUUUCUGGUCUUUAGCUUGUUUUCUGAUAUGUAUUAGCUAUGUAAGGUGUUGAAAAACCUGAUGAACAAUUAUGAAAACAACCUGUAUUGAUUGUUCAUUUAAGUGCUCAGUUUGUUGUUUUUCCCUUAUCAAUAUGAGAAUUGAUUGAAUAGGAUUACAGUACCUCUUAUGUGCACAUGAUGCGUGGAAAAGGAACAUUAGCAGCAAGUAAAUAGGAUUCAAAGAUCAGAAAGUUGAGACAACAAGAAACCAAACAAAAACAGUAAUUUGCUUUUGAGGAUGAACUGGUUAUCGUCUCGAAGAAUCUUCUAAUUAUUUCCUAUGCAAGGUCCAUUUGAUGGAAACCCAGGAUAGGUGUUCGUAUUUUUUCAUUGACAAAUCAUCUUUUUCCUACCAGCUUUUCAACGAUGCUUUAACUGAUUUCUUAUGGAUUUCUUGAACUGUCUGGAUGUUGUAUUUGACAGGAAAAUUCAGAUAUCAGUGAUCUUAUGUCUGGCUCCUGAAAAUGGUGAUUUUGAUGGAAUUCCAUGUGACGUGAAGGAUGUAAUUAAUUCUUAUCAGUUGAGUCCUUUUGUGGCAAAAGUCUACAAAUAUGCUGCAUCGUCAAACGAAGAGUGGGUAGAACAGUGCAAGCUAUGGCCCACCUCAUACCAUCCACCAACCUACAAUAUCAGUGGCAUAACUGGGUUUAGUGAAGAAGACUCACGAUCAGUUGUAAGUUUUAUGAACUAUGCUCUGGAAUUGGCGAAAUCUCAUGGUAAUGUGGUGGUCAAUGCUGCAGCCAUUGUAGAUCAUCUGUCUAAUCAAGUGAUUGCAAGCGCAUGUGAUGAAGUCUGCUCUUGGCAUACUCCAAAAACAGAAGUUGGUGCUGAAUUUAGUAGUUCCACCAAAACUCCUGCUGACAUGACUGGAUGGAUAAAACAUGAAUUAGGUCUUCAGCGUUGUUCCUCGGGUGGGCCAGAGCAAGUUGAGACAUCCAUUUCUUGUCUACAUCCUCGGUGGUGGGUAGGUGAACGGACUCGCAGGAGCUCUUCUUUUUGGCACCCGUUGCAACAUGCUGCUAUAGUGGCCAUUGAAUCAUCUGCUGCCAGGGACAGAUGCUUAUUCCCUGAUGUGAGAUACAAAGAUGAAGCUACCAAAGAGGAGUGUAUUCUAUCUCCUGCAAAGUCUCAAGCAAAAAGACGGAAAAGUGAUGGCACUGACGUCGACAAUGGUGACAAAAAUGAUGAUGCUUGUGGCAAUGGUGAUCUCUCUAGUAGACCGUAUUUAUGCACUGGCAACGACAUCUACCUUGUUUGGGAGCCAUGCACAAUGUGUGCGAUGGCACUUAUGCAUCAGAGAAUCAGGCGUGUGUUUUACGCUUUUCCAAAUCCGAGUGUGGGAGCAUUGGGCAGCGUUCACCGGCUGCAGGGCCAAAAAAGCUUGAAUCAUCACUAUGCAGUGUUCAGGGUUGUGAUGCUACAGGAUAUCCUCGACAAAGCCAAAACAUCGAUAUGUGGGAGCUGAGGAUGAGAAUGUCGAGUUGUGGAUGUCGAGUUAAGGAUGCCUCAAAUUUUGCAGGAAGAAGAUAGUAGGAAGAUAUGUAUUGCAUUAUUUAUCUUCUUGGUCAUUGGAUUUUGGACUUCUUUUUCCCCUUUCUAAUCUUGUUCGAGUUAUGUAUUGAAUUUAGAUGUCCAUAUUUAAGUUAAAGACAUUCCACAGUUAUUAUAAAGUUGGCCCUCAUGCUGUGUUCUUAUAAAUGAGAGAAUGAAAUAUACGGAUCAAGGAACUGGGGAGAUGGUAUUGUAAUUGGGAAAGAAGCAUCUGAAAGACUCGCAAGAUGUCUUGUUGAGUUGAAAUGUCCACCGGCUUGAAAUUGGCUAUGGCUUGGGCAAUAUCUUCGGAAGACCCGAUCUGUAACUUAUUCGAAGAGUUCAUAAUCUCUGUCCUUCCAUUUCCUUGUAACAA